AUGGAUUAUCACAAUAGAGCAGGCUCAAAAAAAGGUGGUGGUGGUCUUGCAUCUGAAUCACACUUAAAAUUGCAAAGAAGAAAACAAGUUGACGAGUUACUCAGACAAAAUGAGGAGAUCCCAUACACUUUCCAAAAGGAUGAAGCCGAUGACCAGACGAGAAAGAGUCCGUAUAUCUACAAGAACCAUUCAGGUAAAUUAGUUUGCAAACUAUGUAAUACGAUGCAUGUCUCAUGGAGUAGUGUCGAACGUCAUUUGAGUGGUAAAAAACAUGGUUUAAAUGUUAUUCGAAGAGGUAAACUAGGAGAUGCCAAAUUUGGUGACUCCAAAAGCGGGAGCAACACAGAACUGACUGAAUUUGAGUUGGAAGUAGAAAAUGCAAGAAAAACCUUGAAAAAUAACGGUAUUAUUCCCAACUGUGAAAUUGUCUCUGUUAAACAUCCUAAAACAGGCCUUGACGGGAUUGCAGUUAAAGUGGAUUAUAGCAUCGAAAAAGCGGCGCAAUACGAUAAUAGCAACGAAUUUCCAGAUAUUGAUUAUCCACCUUUUAUCAGAAUAGUAUCUGGUUUAGAAUUAUCAUCCGAAGAUGAUAAAGACAAGAAAUUUUUAGUUAUUGCGUAUGAACCAUUUGACAAAAUCGGAAUUGAAAUACCUAAUAAGGAAAUUAUUAUGCAGAAUGAGGGCUACAUGCAAGAAAAUUCAGUCGAUGAGCUGAAUAGUACAUGUACUUAUUGGGAUGAAGAGUCGAAAUUGUUCUUGGUGCAAUUCUUUUUUAAGAAUGAAUCGGAUGAAGUAAAAACAGAUGAGCAAACCGAAUAA